AUGGCUCGACGAGCCUUCGACUAUAUUGAAUCAGGACUCGCUGCUCCGACUGACGCUGAACGCAUGCGGCUUGCACAAGAGUUCUUGACCAACGAGAUGAAGAUCAGAUCGGAGCGAUAUGGUAACGAUGAUGGUGCGACCUCAGAGACCUCCGGCGCUGUCGUUUCCUCCACGCCCCUUCUUUCUUCUCCUGCUCCUGCUCGCAAAGCCGAUGGCAUUUCUUCCUCUGGUGCUCCGACGGUCCUGACGCUCAAUCCGCGCCCAGCAAAUUCUACUGGCACAUCCUCUCGGACAGAUUUCCAAACCUGGAAAGCCUUCAUCGGUGCCUUGAGUGAUUCAGACGAUGAUCAUGAGAAUAACGUUGGCGCCAGACUUGGUUACGAUUAA